CCCCGCCCCACUUUAUGAGGGUCUUCCCUCCAGUUGAGAUCAACCCGCCUCUUGGCUUCCUCCUCCUCCCCUCCGCGCCUCUCUUGACCCUUGGAGCCCCCAAGAGCCCUCGGAGCAGGCAAGAAGCCCUCGCGUCUCCUCCCGCCGGGCUGCUUCCCUCGUGUGUGGCAUAUUCUGCCGGAUUGUGUUUGGUCGGGAGUGGCAGGGAUUUCAGGAAGGCGGGCAGGUUGGCAGCGCGGAGCCGGGGAAAGGGAUCCCGAGGCGGCUGCUCCGGAGCGCGCCUGCCUGCCUGCCUGCCUGGCGCUCCACGGAAGGGGCUCCAAGGUGACCCGCGGCGGGCGUCUUCUCCCCGGCAGGUGCCAAGGCUCCAUCGCCGACCAGGUUUACCAGUAAUGGAAGCAAUGAUUCAAAGAACACUAUCUCUUCUGUGAUCCAAUUACUCUACUGUUGGUUUUUUUCGUCAUCAGUUGUGAAGAUUUGGAGGCUCUGUUGCCAUUUUGAUCGUUUUUCAACAAGAUAUGCACAUUCCACAUUUAGUUUGCCUUUUUCUCCGUGAUGCCUCCAGGCUAAUACAGAGGCAGUUCCAUUUCCAAAGGGCAGGGAACAUAGGAUCUGUACUACCUGAUGUAGCUUCCUUUGCUGUCUGGACCAUAUUAAUGCCUGGAAGACGUACUUCUGCUGUAAAACCAGCCGUAUGUCAUGUGGAUUCCCCAGAGCAUUUGCCAGACAUACAGAGGCUUGUUGUGGAUACAGCAGACUUGACCAACAGACUACAGGACCCCAGGCUUAUUUUCCAAGACUAUGCCAGAACGUCACCAUGAUCCCAUCUAGCAACAGUACAGUGUCCUUCUUAGUUUCAAAUGUGAGCUCCUUCUUGAAUCAAGAUUCCCACGGUGCAGGGCUUUUGAAUGACGCAUCCUCAUUCACCAGCAGCCAUGGCCUCUCUCAGACCAACGAAAACUUCUCUGUUAUCCCCAAGAACAUGAGUAAUGCAUCCCAAAUUCCUCCUGAUCCUCUGGGUGGGCAUGCAGUCUGGCAAGUUGUUUUAAUUGCUUUCCUCACUGGCAUCAUAGCCCUUGUGACGAUCAUAGGAAACAUUCUGGUGAUUGUGGCAUUCAAAGUCAACAAGCAGCUUAAGACUGUUAACAACUACUUUUUGCUAAGCCUUGCCUGUGCAGAUCUAAUCAUUGGCAUUAUUUCCAUGAACCUUUUCACCACUUAUAUAAUCAUGAAUCGUUGGGCUUUGGGAAACUUGGCCUGUGACUUGUGGCUCUCCAUUGACUAUGUAGCCAGCAAUGCCUCUGUCAUGAAUUUGUUGGUCAUCAGUUUUGACAGGUAUUUUUCCAUUACAAGGCCGCUUACCUAUAGAGCUAAGCGAACAACCAGAAGGGCUGGGGUGAUGAUUGGUUUAGCUUGGGUCAUCUCAUUUAUCCUUUGGGCCCCUGCAAUUCUGUUCUGGCAGUAUUUUGUAGGAGAGCGAACUGUCAAUGAAGGUGAAUGUUACAUCCAGUUCCUAACAGAACCAACCAUCACUUUUGGCACUGCCAUUGCUGCCUUCUAUUUGCCAGUGACCAUUAUGAGUAUUUUGUAUUGGAGGAUAUAUAAGGAGACAGAGAAGCGUACCAAAGAGCUAGCUGGACUCCAGGCCUCAGGCAGUGAAGCUGAGGUGUCACGCUUUGUCAACCAGACAGGCAGCUCUAGAAGCUGCAGCAGCUAUGAGUUGCAGCAACAGGACACAAAACGCCCCCACAGAAGGAAAUAUGGAGGCUGCCAUUUCUGGAUGAUUUCAAAAAGUUGGAAACCAAGCUCUGAUCAGGUCGAUCAGGAGCAUAGCAGCAGUGACAGCUGGAACAACAAUGAUGGCAAUGCCUCUCUUGAAAACUCUGCCUCUUCUGAUGAAGAUGACAUUGCCUCUGAGACCAGAGCUAUCUAUUCUAUUGUUCUGAAGCUUCCAGGGAACAACACGAUAAUCAACUCUACAAAACUGCCCUCAUCAGAAGACCUGCCUCAGUCAGAAGAUGAACUGCAAAAGCUGAAUGCAGAGUCACAGGAGGGGAAGCCUAAAAGGCUCCAUCCACAAAAGAGUAUGGUGGAUGGAAACUUACAGAAAUGCUUUCCCAAGCUUCCAGUUCAACCAGGAUCAGCAGCACACACAGGAAAGGCGUCUGAUGGCAAUUCAGUGGGUUCUAGGCCAGCUCUGCCUUUGUCAUUCAAGGAAGCCACCUUGGCCAAGAAAUUUGCCUUGAAGACAAGAAGUCAAAUCACCAAACGGAAACGAAUGUCACUCAUCAAAGAGAAGAAAGCUGCACAGACACUCAGUGCCAUUUUAUUUGCCUUCAUUAUCACUUGGACCCCAUACAAUAUCAUGGUCCUGGUAAAUACCUUUUGUGAACAUUGUAUCCCAAAAACAUUUUGGAACCUGGGGUACUGGCUUUGUUACAUCAAUAGCACAGUGAACCCUAUGUGCUAUGCACUGUGUAAUAAAACAUUCAGAACCACUUUCAAGAUGUUACUACUGUGUCAAUGUGACAAACGUAAACGACGUAAACAACAGUAUCAGCAGAGACAGUCAGUCAUUUUUCAUAAGCGGAUUCCCCGAGAAGCUUCCUAGAGUUGCAUUUUUACACAACAGAAACUAAUAUUAACGGGAUUGCAAAAAUGAGAGGGGGGUUGCUGGAGCUGGCUUCAUCUUCAAGAAGUAAGUGGAGAAGCCGAGUGUAUGCAUUUAUCCUUUAAUAUUUCUUGUUUAAUGUAACUCUUUAAACAUUAAGCAAAAACAAAAUGAUCACAAAGAUUUUUCUAAGGAAUAAUCAGAGCUGUGCAGGUCUUCCUACAAAAGUCCAAGAAGCCGCAUAUGAAAGCUGUUAGUGAUCCACGUAAUUCUCUAAAUCGCCAGUUAAAAAUCUGUUCUGGGUUCUCAGGUGAGCACUUAUAGCUAGCCUUUUGCCAACAGUUUCUGGAGGAGUCAAAUGGGCUCUAAUGGUAAUCAGAAAUCGGGCAGGUUAUUUAUUAAAAAGAGAGUAUGCAUGCAUUCUAAACAUUGUAUAGUUGCCCCAAAUGUCUAAGAGUUUCCCAUCCUCUCCUCUUUGGGGUGCAAUGUCAAUUCUUUGGCUCAUAUUUUGAAAGAGCCUGUGCAGGAAGAACACCCCAUGCACUCAGAAUGUGUCAUCUGUAUACAAGGAAAAGUAUGUCCUUAGUGUGACUGUAAGAUAUGAGCAGUCUAAGGGGCCUCUAAAAUGUCUUUUUCAGCUCUAAUUUAUAUUUUAUUAUUUAUUCUGGCAUUUUGGCUUUUCCUAAAAUGGUAAUAUCUAUACAAUAUAAAUAUAUACAAACAGUACAAGAAUAAUAAAAAGGCACAUAUUAUUAUUUACUUUUUCCAGUGGAACCGGGUAUCAUGUGUUUCAUACAGGGAUGUACCUUGAACAGCUCAUUAUCUCUCAACUAGAGAUGUGAGUCCACAUGAUGAUGAUAGUAUCUGUAUUUAAGAUAAGAGAUAGCUUUGUGUGAUGAAGACUGCAUUCUCUAAUGGCUUUACAGCAUUGAGAGUGAAUGUCGCAGACAGAUUUUCAGUCUAGUUCUCAGACUUAGAUUGUUCACUAUAAUGGGAUAAUAGUGCCUAGUGUAGUUCUAGGUAUCUCUGUGCUUCUUAGAAGUUGGAGCAGAUUAGAUAUCCCACUCAUUCUUCUGUCUUGGAUUAAUGAUAGGGAACAAGUAUAAGUCCAAUAGCAACACCAGCAAGAAAUCAAUGUGUUUGCUAAAGGAUGUGGAAGGACAAAGAAUAGAUGAAAUAAGCACAUUGGUUCUCUCCAGUUGGCAGGCACACAGCCAGUCUGCACCAUGAGAUUCUCAGAACCAGUGUCUGUCUCUAUUUUAUGCACAUUUAGAAAGCAUUUUUAAACAUGGAUGGGGGGAAAUUAUGUAUUUUUUUAAAGAAAUGACCUGGCACUUUCCAAAAUGCUUGUCAAUUUUGAAAGCUUCUGUGUUGUUAAUGAUGUUGUUGUUGUUAUUGCUGUUGUUGCUUUUACAACUGGUAGUGGAAACCUCUAAAUUUGCAGUACAAUGUCCCCAGUUUAUGUAAGUUGUCUGCUAUUUUAAAUAGCGAAGCACCUUCUCAAAAUGACAAAAAAAGGGCUUUAAUAUUUAUAGUUGAUAUGUGAGCAGUGAUUCCUGGUACCUGAGUCAGUACCUGAGAUCUUGGAAACAACCCACCGUGCUAUUAUGCAACUCCCGUUCUCUGUGGUGUUUGCAGCGGAGAUGCUCAAAGUGGAUUGUGCUUAUACUGUACUUUCUAAAAGUCAGGACUUCCCUUAGGACAGGACUGUACUUUUAAAAUGUUGUCUCAGAUUAAAUUUAUUUACAUUUUGAAAAGUACUUUUGUAUAUUAUGCUUUUGACAGACCAAGGUUUCAAGGGGUCAUUUCCCCGUCUCUUUUUCUUUUUGACCUGACACUCAGAUCUGACAAAAUAAAUAAAUAAAUAAGCAACUUCCUUUAUCAAAGAAGGGAGGAAAUCAGUGUUGUGAACACAUAACUGGUAUAAAAGCUGCUUUUGUAUUCAGUGUGAGAUGGUGUUUACAGAUGAUUUUGACAACAGUGGAAGUAUAUUAAAUAGUGUCUAUGUAUCUGAGAUAUUUCAUUUCUGUGUUAAUAUGGAGAUCUAUUUAUACACACAUGCCACCAAAAUGUUUAAUUUAAAUGUUGUUAAAUAUUGCUCUUUGGUCUUCAAUUGUAACGUCCUCUAAAAGCAAGCUAUAAAAAGUAUACUUGGAAAAUGAACACAGUUUUCAGGUCUGCACAUUGCUAACUGUAUAGUUUGCUCUGGUGUGCAAAUAAAAGACUUCAGAUGGGCAACUUCAAAUCUGUCCAGAAUAAGAAAUGGUGGCCCUCAAUCCUUGAAGAAGAGGGUCAUGUUCAAGAUCUAGAAAUCACAAGAAGGGGAUAGAUGCCUCUUUCAUGUACCACAGAAA